CUAAAAUUCAAACCCAAAAGUAGGGAACUACUAAAAUAGUAAUAGUGUCGUGAAGAGUCGGAUCUUGAUUCAUGUCUUCCGUGUUCAUCUCACUUCAAUAAAUAUCCUUAAAUUUUAUUACUUUCUCCUUUUAAUUUCUUUGUAAUUUACGAAUAAUUGACCUAUCAAGAUCCCGACCACAAAGCCAAAUCCAGCUCCCCCCUCUUCUCAAAAAAAAAAAAAAAAAUCCCUUUCUUACUUGCUUCUUGGGAGAAACUAAACCUUGAAAUCUGCUCUCUUAACACUGUUUUUCGCUCGAAACAGUGUGGAGAACCCUGAAAUUCGCUGUAUUUGUCUUUUCGCUUGAAACCAAGUGGUAAGAAGAUAAAGGGGGAAAAACCAAUGGGUUUUGCUUCAUUUGCCGGACGAGUUUUCUUUGCUUCUAUUUUCAUCCUCUCCGCUUGGCAAAUGUUCAAUGAAUUUGGGGUUGAUGGCGGGCCUGCAGCAAAGGAGUUGAUACCAAAGCUUGAUCUUGCUAAGAAACAUAUAUCAUCUCAACUCCAUGUAAAUUUGCCAGAUAUCGAAGUUAGACAAUUAGUCGCAACUGCCAUCAUUUUGAAAGGACUAGGUGCUAUUCUGUUUGUAUUUGGCCAUGGAUUCGGAGCCUUACUCCUGUUUGUCUACUUGUUGGUUAGCACACCACUUCUCUAUGACUUCUACAACUAUCGUCCCAAUGAACCCCAAUACUCUGUUCUGCUUGGUGAUUUCUUGCAGUGUGUUGCGCAAUGUGGUGCAUUAAUUUUCUUUGUGGGGAUGAAGAACUCGAUGCCAAAGAGGCAACUAAGGAGGAAGGCCCCGAAGCAAAAAGCUACUUAGAUGUAAUCAAAGAAGUAAAAUUUUGGCAAUCUCCAGUAAUACUUUGCAGGUCUCUCUGAUUGGUCUAUCUGAUUGGAUCCUUUCUCGAUUUCUAGUUUUUAUCUGUUCUUUAUUCACUGAAACAUUUGUACAAUUGAAUCGGUUGCUCCUUCUCUAUUUUCCAUGACAAUUUGAUUGUGUUCAAAAAAAAUUGAGGGGUUUAAAUCAAAAAACUCUAUUUCCUUGUUUGGAAUAUUAAUAUUUGAUGCAAUCAUUUAUGUAUUCAGUAAUGGAGCUAGAAAUUGCUUAUGAUAUGAUCAAAAUUCAAGAGAUAUAGGUUGGAUUUAUAUUACAUUUCAGUGUCAGGAUCACAA